AUGUCGCUACAGCGGCUCCUUGGGAUGGGCCUAUCGACAGCUGCGAUGUCAUUCGCAGCAGCAGCGUGGCCGAACGGGCCCCUUGCGACAUCCGGCCGAUGGAUCAAAGACGCGUCCGGCUCUACUGUCACAUAUGCCGGAGUGAACUGGCCGGGGCACGUCGACACCAUGAUACCAGAAGGGUUGCAAUACCAGUCCGUGGAAACGAUUGUAUCCAAGAUAAAGAGCAUCGGCAUCAACUCCAUUCGCCUGACCUAUGCAAUUGAAAUGAUUGACCAGAUCGAGAAUAACGGAGGUAACGAUAUUCCGAUACGGACUGCAUUCACCAAUGCGCUGGGUCAAGAUAAUGGCACAGCCAUAUACGAAAAGGUUAUGACGAACAAUCCGGCAUUCGGAGAUGAGACAACGCGAUUGCAGGUCUUCGAUGCCAUUGCGACGGAGUGUCACAAACAGGAGAUAUAUGUCCAUCUGGACAAUCAUGUUUCCAAGGCCGGGUGGUGCUGCUCGCCCUUGGAUGGUAACACGUGGUGGGGAGACACAUAUUUCUCGACGGCCAACUGGACUCGAGGCCUCUCAUACAUGGCCGAUCAUGGGAAGCAAUGGCCGAAUUUGAUGUCCAUGUCUCUCCGCAAUGAACUACGCCAGCCACUUCUCAACAAGGAGCUUUAUUCAGACUCAUACAAUUGGGAAGACUGGUACAAGUAUACUAAGCAAGGAGCAGAUGCUAUUCACUCAGCGAAUUCUGAUGUGUUGAUCUUCCUCUCCGGCCUGGACUCGGAUACCACAUUGCAGCCGGUCGUGGAGAACACAGCACUUACGCCAGGAUCUUCCACGUUCCAAAGAGCUGACUUCAACGGCUAUGGCGACAAAUUGGUCCUCGAGCUGCACAACUAUGCAAACAUACUAGGGGGCUCGGAAGCGACGAACUGCACCGCCUUGCAAGGCGACUUGUCGGACGAUGGCUUCAAAGCCUUAGCAACCGAUGCGCCUAAUCAGUUCCCCGUCGUCAUGACUGAAUAUGGCUUCGAGCAAGAUUCCACGACGCCGCAAGACGCAUUUGCCUCUUGCAUAGAAGAGUACCUCGCCGACCAGCAGGCCGGGUGGAUGAUCUGGGCGCUUUCCGGGAGCUAUUACAUCCGGGAGGGCACUCAGGACGGUGAUGAGCCCUGGGGGUUACUCACACAUGACUGGUCAGAUUGGAGGUCACCGGAAUACGUUGAGGGGAAGCUAACGCCUCUCGUCAAAUCUACGCUCGCGGUGAACGGCACCGAUCAGAGUAGCUCGGUUGGCCAAGAUGGCGGGUCCUCAGGCAAUGGAACCUCGGGCGAUUCAGGGGCUCAAUCUGGUCCCAGAGCGGGUGAUGUACAAACAAGCGUUCUGCUAGCUUUGAUUGUUGGCCUAGCUAUGACCUGUAUAUUGGCAUAA